AUGAGUAAAAAGGAAAAGAAAUCUCGUCAAUUGGUGCAUAACAGUGAAACAACAGUACUAGCACAAGAAACUGAUACUAAAAUCAAAUCAACAGCUUCAGCAUUGACAACAGCUUCAUCGAUUAUUAAAGGUGUAUGUGAUGAUAGUUUAUUUAAUGGAACAUGUGAAAAUAUGAAUUGUGAUCAAUUACAUCUUACAGAACCUAUUCAACUUACUGAUGGUCAUUUUCAUGAUCGAUUACUUAAAGAAAAUUGGUCAUAUGCUAUUGAACCAUUGAAAAAUAUCGAGCAGUUUAUUGGUAUUACCAAUGUUCAUAAAUCUUCUAUGUGGAACAAUACUCUAUCAAUUGUACCUGAAUCAUUAAAAUCAAAAGCUAUUGGUGAAUGUAGUCUUGAUUUACUUAAUAAUGAACAAUUAUCAUUACAAACUGAAAUAUUUAUAUUACAAAUUAAAUUAGCUAAUGAAUUUCAUUUACCACUUAUUAUUCAUUGUCGUCAAUUAGAUCAACAAUUAUUUGAUAUUUUGAAAAAAUUUUCAAUAGAUUUAUCAAUGAAUGAAUCCGAAAAUAAUGAAAAUCAACAAAGAUUUGUAUUUGAAACUGAUUCACCUUAUUUAAAAUCAUCAUCAUUAUUAAUUAAUACAGAAGAUAAUUGUCCAAUAUUAGAAACGUUAACAGUAAGUGCUUAUGUAACAAAAAAUAUUUUAAAAAAUGAUCAAUGGACAAAUAAUUUAAAAAUCAAUACAACUAUUCUUCAACAAUUUUUUAAUUUAACAUAA